CUUCGGUACGCUGGGGUCUCGAUACCACGGGCAUGGUCACUUAGGCAAGUACGGACGAGGAUUGUACAGUUGUCGGCGUCCUGAAAGACAUAAAUCAAGAGCGAUGGCAGAGGCAAUGCAGAAUGAUAGCGGCGUCGGCCUCGCUAGGUCGUUCAGCAGAUUCCCCAGAGCGAGGCACGGCAAGUAGGCCCCGGAGACAAGUGGGAUUCAGCGGGCUGUCCAAGGGUGUUGUGGGAGGACAGGCGGACCCCAGGGAGGGCGUGGAGGGCGACGGCAGGCGGGGUGGCCAGGCGGACAGGAGAGAGAGGAAUGGAGGAGGGACGCGGUCAAAGAGAGAUGGACGGGCGGCUCGGGUGACAUAAGCAUCCGCUAUGAACCCUGCACUCGGACCCUGUGCUUCUGGUUGCGUCCGCCCACAUUGCGAUCCUUCUUCUCACUAUCCUUCUUCCUCUCACCGGCCACCACCAUCACUGAUCUUGGCUGUGGCCCCCGCGACAAGCUCGGGAUUAUGGCCUCGACAACCGCGGCGAGUCUCACUCGUCCCCGGGCGGCGAGGGAGGCAACGGUGGCAGUCUUGUUGUCCACGUUCCCUGUCCAGAUGCUGGACAACCCCACCACGAUGCGUACAUCCUAUCUGUCAUGUGGGCUGUUCCUGUACCGCCCCCCUAGGGAUAUCUCUCAAUCGGUAUGUUCCCCGCGUGCGGCGGUUGCUCAUGUCCGUCCAGUACUCGGUCUGCUUCCGAAUGCUAAGGAUAUAUCCGCCUUGCAAAUUGGGGCCUAUCGGGGAUGUCAGGGACCACAGGGGACCACUGUCAGUGUCCAACCUAACUGAUCCUCCGUGGGCACUCCUUGGCAUCAUACGUUCACCUCGGGACGAGGCGUCGCUCCAGCAACGAAUCCAACUCGUGUCGACAUGAGCGCUGACUUAACAGACAGAUCCUUGCCAAGACGACGUAUGUAUUAUGUUUCUAUACACGUGCGAACUAAGCGUACGCAGCGUUCUUUUGGGCUGCAAUGCCUGUGGUUGUCUGUAACGCGCUGUCCGGCGCUCGG